GUCAAUGAAAUUCGGGCUUAGCAUCCCAUACCUCACUGAGUGACUCCCCUGUUACUCACCCUCUUUUCCCCCUUUUUCAGGUGAGGCUGACGAGUAGGAUAUCGAUUGGACGGAUGGUGUUUCUAGGCGUUUUCAUUUGUUUAUUUCUCAGACUUAUAUUCUAUUAUUUUCAGCGUUUAUUCCAGUAUUUGAGUUAUUGGAUUUAUGGAUUUAUUUCUUUAUUUAUAUGGAAAUCGACUUUAAGACUUUUAUCGGAUUUUUGAGACACAAUUGUGGUUUGGUAACAUGCCGGUAUCGAGUGAGGAUGAACCGGGUGUUACAAUUUGGUAUCAGAGCCAGGUUGUGUCUCGGCCCUGACCCGGGACGCCGGUUAAGGGACCUGGUUUUCAAAGAUAUAAAAAGUUUUCAACGGUUUUCAAAACUUAGAAACACCUUUCUAUUCGAUAAUGUCUAUUGAUCGUUAGUGAACUGGAUUAGCUGAAGUUGACUGUUUUGCCAUUUUCCAUUCCAGAUGCCGCCAAAGAGAGGAGCUAAGCGUACUCGUACUGUUAGAGCCAGAGUUGAUGCUCGUGAAGUUGUGGAUGAUCAAGGUACUGCAGCGGGUGUCCAGGCAGAAGGUGUGCCGCCAGUAGCCCCACCGAUUGAUCAGGCUGCACUCAUGCAGAUGGUCCAGGCAGCAGCUACGCAAGCUGCUCAGGCUGCCAUUCAGCAGGUUACCCAGGAAGCAGCUCGGGUUGCUGCACAGGAAGCUGCUCGAGUAGCUGCACAGGAAGUUGCUCGCCAGUUGGCUGCCGCUCAGGUUCCACCACAGCAGAUUCCAGCAGUGCAGAUUCCUCAGGUUCCACCACAGCAGAUUCCAGCAGUGCAGAUUCCUCAGGACCCAGCGCAGCAGAUUCCAGCAGCGCAGAUUCCUCAGGUACCAUUGCAGCAGGUUCCAGGCCAGCAGAUUCUGCCACCUCCAUCGCCAUUACCACAGGUUUAUCCAGCUCAUGAUGAGAGGUAUUACCGACUCACCAGUAUGAUGAAGAACAUGGGUAUGGAGCAUUUUGUAGGAACAGUGGAUCCUACAGCCGCUUAUGAUUGGAAGCUGAGUCUGAAACGGAAGCUGGAGAAUAUUGACUGUCCCCAGAGUUUAAGCUUAGAUUGA